GGAGGACAGUGGUGGGAAUAAAGGAUGAACCUGUCUGACAUUAUACGGAAACAAGCGCAGCUUUGUCCGUGCCGAGUUGAGCAAUACCAGCUGUGAAAUGUGUGGAAUCUGGGCUUUGUUUGGCAGUGAUGAGUGUCUGUCGGUCCAGUGCACCAGUGCCAUGAAGAUCGCCCACAGGGGCCCCGAUGCCUUCCGCUUUGAGAAUGUCAACGGCUUCACCAACUGCUGUUUCGGCUUCCACCGGCUGGCUAUCGUGGACCAGCUGUAUGGUAUGCAGCCCUUGCGCAUCAAGAAGUUCCCUUUCUUGUGGCUCUGCUAUAAUGGGGAAAUUUACAACCAUCACACGCUGAGGAAGCAGUUUGACUUUGAUCACCAGACUAAAGUGGACGGGGAGAUUUUGCUCCAUCUGUAUGACCGCUUCGGCAUCCAAAAGAUGGCUUCCCUCCUGGAUGGUGUCUUUGCUUUUAUUCUGCUGGACACUGCCAACAGGAAAGUCUUUCUGGGGAGAGACACGUACGGUGUCCGGCCUUUGUUCAAAUUCCUCACGGACGAUGGAUUUCUUGCAGUCUGCUCUGAAGCCAAAGGACUUACAGACAUCACCCAUGCAACGGCUUCCCCUGCCAACAUCGUUCCCCUUCUCCCUGGGCACUUUGAGGCCUUUGAUUUGAAGCACAAUGGCAAAGUUCAGUCCGUUCAGAUGGAGCAGUUUCACUGCUGCACCAAAGAGCCCGCUCAUGCCGUCUACGACACUGUGGAGAGACUGCCUACAAGUUUUGAUGAGGAAACGGUGAAAAGCAACAUCAGAGCCCUGUUUGAGAAUGCUGUGAGGAAACGUCUCAUGGCUCAAAGGAGAAUUGGCUGUCUUCUGUCAGGUGGUCUGGACUCCAGUUUGGUUUCGGCUACGCUGGUAAAGUUGGCCAAGGAGGAGAAGCUGCAGUAUCCCAUCCAGACGUUUUCCAUCGGGUCAGAGGACAGUCCAGACAUCUUGGCCGCUCGUAAGGUUGCAGCUCACAUUGGCAGCGAACACCACGAGGUGAACUUCACGGCAGAAGAAGGCAUCCAAGCUGUUGAGGAUGUCAUCUAUCACCUGGAGACCUAUGACAUCACAACCAUACGUGCCUCUGUUGGGAUGUACUUGGUUUCAAAGUACAUCAAGGAGAAGUCUGACAGUGUGGUGAUCUUCUCUGGAGAGGGCGCUGAUGAGCUGACUCAGGGAUACAUUUACUUCCACAAGGCUCCGACUCCAAAAGCGGCUGCAGAGGACAGUGUUCGACUGAUGAAGGAGCUCUACUUGUUCGAUGUCCUCCGUGCUGAUCGCACCACUGCUGCAAACGGUCUGGAGCUCCGAGUGCCGUUCCUGGACCACAGACUCACAGCAUACUACCUCUCCCUGCCCGAGGAGAUGAGGAUUCCCAAGCAUGGAGUAGAGAAGCAUCUCCUGAGGGACUCCUUCAAAGAUCUCAACUUGAUCCCGGAUGAGAUCCUGUGGAGGCGCAAAGAGGCCUUCAGCGACGGUAUGAUGUCCAUGGAGAAGUCCUGGUACAUCUGCCUGCAGGAGCACCUGGAGUCCAUGGUGAAUGAUGACCAGAUGGAGAAGGCCCACAAGACGUUCCCUCACAACCCUCCACGCACCAAAGAGGCCUACUACUUCAGACAGGUGUUUGAGAAGCAUUACCCGGGCAAGGCCCAGUGGCUCUCCCAUUACUGGAUGCCGCGCUGGACCAACGCCAGCGACCCGUCAGCCCGGACCCUGGCCAUCUAUAAACCAGAUAAAGACCAGUGAUUCACUGGAACAGCUGCUUGUCUGCGUGGGUCAGUCAGCAACAUGUUGGCCUUUUUUAGAACAUUCUACCUGUGUCAUACUUUGUGUCAUACUCGGCUUUAUUUUGUCAGACUCAGCUUCACUUCAGCUUAUUUGGAACGAGUUAUACCGAGUGUAUCUUAUCUCUCACUGUGAUGGAGUUUGUCAGGCUUAGCUUUAGCAGCAAUUUGUCAGACCUGCUGUUAAGGGGCUUGUUCAUAAAUAAAUUGGGACAUCCCUCAUGUCCUGUUCCACUGCUGCCAGCUGGAUGCGUCACAGCUUUGUAACCAUUUACGGCCAAUCAUUUCAGUAUUGACAUGUAACUUUAACCUGGGUGUUCACUUUGUACAAUCUGAAAAUAACACAAUAGACUUGGAACAAGAAAGAUGCCUUGGGAGAUAAAGUGAAUUGUGAGCUGUUGGUGGGCUGGUAUUAAUAAAAAAUAAUGAAUAAACAGAUAAGUCCCACAAAGUCUAGCUAAUACUUUCAAAAGCACAACCAGCCCUGAUUAGCAAAUAUUAAGUAUAAUGUGUCAGUUUGAAACAUGUGGUACUAUUCCGUUACUGAAUCAUGGCCGUUGAGACCACAAACUCAUGUUUACGGAGGUGGUCUCAGAGACUUCUAUACAACCAGAGGAGUCGCCCCUGAUGGACAUUAGAGAAACGUUUCAGACAAUUCAGCAUUGGCCUGGUCUCUUAAAGCUAAUUCUGACAAACUGCAUCAAAGGCUGACAAAGACCGGUACAUAAGUUUGGGUUAGACUGACGUGUCGGUCUAUAGUUUAAAGGACCAUUCAUGUGUUAAAACAUGUUAUUUUUUGUUAACCAUUUUCCAAAGCGUACAAGUAAUACCAGCUCCAUGUCCUACUUUCCAAGCAGAGAUGUGAAAUGGCUGGAGAUAGGUAAUCCAGCACAGUAAACACCACAUCAACCUUUGGGUACUUUAGGAGUUCUUGUAGUUCCAGAGUGGACCGAGCAGCUGCAGUGAAGCUGGAAGCCAGCCUUGAGUCGCAGGAGUCUGAACUUUAGCGACCCAUCAUGAUAGGCUACAUGCCGUUACACCGGCUUUUAUAUGUGUCUUUACAUUUUUUACAGGGGCACAAAAACUGAUCAGCAGCUCAAAGCACUGAUCUGAUGUAGAGGUUCAGCUUCUGAGUGUGAUGUUUGCUCUACACUGUAAUGAACACAACAGUGUUCAGCAGAAGUUUUCCUGAUGGUACUUCUUACAUACUGUGGCCUCAUGAAUGACCUUAGACAUGAGUCAUUUACUUUAAUAGCUUCAAACCAUCACUGGACUUUAUACUUGUCUAUGUUGGUUUAGAAUUUAACCUCAUGGAUUUACUUAGAGCUGCUAACACCAAAAGGGCUGCUGACUAGAAUAAUAUACAAUAUGUGUGAAUUACAUUUUUACAGUUUCUCAUGGAUAGAGGUUGGUCAUAUGUGAACAUUGUCAGUGACACUGUCAAAGCUUUUCCCACUGUUUAAUGUCCCCUCUGCUGUUUGUUUUCCUACUGGGUGUUGGGGUUAUAGGACUGGCUAUGCAAACAGAUAUUUGUUCCAAGAGUGUGUGUGUGUGUGUGUGUUUGUUGUACAAUGUUGAAGUUAGUGCUGGACGAUAAGAUGUAUGACGAUAUCGCCCACCCUUUGUUUGAGUGUGGAGACAUGAGAGCGCACUACAGGAAAUGGAUGAAUUAAUGGCUGACAAUGCGAUGCAGUCCUUUUACCAUUACAGCAUGAAAGGCUCACGCAGAGGAAAAAUUGGACAUUGAAGCUUUGAAGGUUCUCAAAAGAAUCCGUUGCAAGGCUGUUGUACUGGGCUGCAUUCAUUAUAUUUUUGAGGCUGUCAUUUUGUCCAUCUAACAUCACCAUUAUCUGUCCGACUUGUUUUCUACUCGUUGCUGCUGAAAUAAA